UUUCUUUCUACACCCCAACCACCACGAAGCCAAGACUUAUGGUUCACACAUAAACAAACGCACAUGAUAAGAAGGAAGAGAUUUAAAAAAGACAGAAGGCUUGGGACUUGGCAUGCUAUAUAGAGUGGCCAGGGCCGAAGCCCACUUCAGAGGAUGGCCUUGGGAGGGGACAUGAUGAAGGCCGCCAUGUCGAAAGCUAUAGUCAUCAAGAUCAACCUUGCCUUCCUUGCCUUCUUCCUUGUUGCCUACAUCGCUCUCCUCUUUCAACCAUCGAUUCUUCGCAAUGACGAGAAUGCCGCCUCUAUCGUCCGGUGCUCCUUACGCGGUUGCCACAUGAAGAAGGUGGAAAGGGAAGUCAGUAAGAAGACAGCCGGGGAGAAGCGAGCAGCAUUGGAGAAGCCUCCAAGUUUUCUCCAAGGAUUGCAUGGGAACCAGACCAUCGGUUUGGUGAACAUGGAAGAUGACGAGGUGAAAAAUUGGGGUGCCCUGGGGAGAAGCAUAAAGGUAGACUUCGAGCAAGUGUCUGAAUUGUUUGAAUGGAAGGACUUGUUCCCGGAAUGGAUCGACGAGGAGGAGGAGAAUGAGGGGCCAACAUGUCCCGAGAUCCCGAUGCCGGACUUCUCGGUAUACGACGAGAUGGACAUCGUGGUGGCGAAGUUGCCGUGCCGGCGACCGGAGGAUGGUUGGGCGCGGGAUGUCCUCAGGCUACAGAUACAGUUGAUCGUCGCGAACUUGGCGGCGAGGAGGGGGAGGAGGAAUGGGCAAGGGGUGGUGAAGGUGGUGUUUCAUGGCGCAUGCCGGCCGAUGAUGGAGCUGUUCCGGUGCGACGAUUUGGUGGGGAGGGAGGGAGGGUGGUGGAUGUAUGAAGCUCAGGCGGCGAGAAUGGAGGAGAAGGUGGCGAUGCCGGUAGGCUCAUGCAAGUUGGCCUUGCCAUUGUGGGAAGAAGGAAGGAACGAAGAGUAUGACGUGUCCAAGUUUGCGGUGCCGGUGAACCCCCGCCGGCGGGGGGCGUACGCGACGGUCCUCCACUCCUCCGACAACUACCUCUGCGGCGCGAUCGCGCUCGCGCAGAGCAUCCUGAAGACGGGCUCCACCCGCGACCUCGUCCUCCUCCACGACAAGUCCAUCCCCCAGCCCAAGCUCCAGGCGCUGGUCGCCGCCGGGUGGACACUCCGGGAGAUCGAGCGCAUCCGCAACCCCCACGCCCAGAAGCAUUCGUACAACGAGUACAACUACAGCAAGCUCAGGCUGUGGCAGCUCACCGACUACCACAAGGUCGUCUUCAUCGACGCCGACAUCAUCGUCCUCCGCAACCUCGACCUCCUGUUCCACUUCCCCCAGAUUUCGGCCACCGGCAACGACGGCGUCAUGUUCAAUUCCGGCAUCAUGGUCAUCGAGCCGUCCAACUGCACCUUCAGAGCGCUCAUGGGACGCCGGAAGGACGUCGUCUCGUACAACGGCGGUGACCAGGGGUUCCUCAACGAGGUGUUCGUCUGGUGGCACCGGCUGCCGAGGAGGGUGAACUUCCUGAAGAACUUCUGGUCCAACACCACGCUGGAGGCCAGCAUGAAGAACCACCUCUUCGCCGCCGAGCCGCCGAAGCUGUACUCGAUACAUUACCUCGGGCUGAAGCCAUGGCUGUGCUAUCGGGACUACGACUGCAAUUGGAUCAUCGACGACCAGCGAGUCUACGCCAGCGACGCGGCGCACAGCCGGUGGUGGAGGCUGCACGACGAGAUGGACGAGGGGCUGCAGGCGUUCUGUGGCCUGUCACCGAAGAGAAGGAUCGAGCUGGACUGGGACCGGAAGAAGGCGGCGGAGAGGGGGUUCCCGGACGGCCACUGGAAGCUCAACAUUUCUGACUGGAGGCGGAAUGUUUGAAGAGAGGGAGUGGGAGUGAGCCUCUGUUACUGUUAGCUGACCUCAGUUGGGAGUUCGUCUUGUUGGAUUCCUAAUUAGAUACAUACCUAGAACACUUUGUAUUCUUUGAUAGAUUUAUUUAUGUCUGAGGGACUGGGGCUUGAGAGGAUUUCCAUUUGUAUUGGGUUGCAUGUAUAGCAUCAAACUGAUAGAGGAAAUCAAGAAAUAACAGCUGAAAGUUCAGAAUA